AUGGUCCUAGUACGUAAACGCCGUGGUGGUCGUCGACAUAAAAAACUAAAAGCCAUCGAUCCAUUUUAUUCUGGUCCAAGAAAGCUUCUUGUUGACAAAAAAUUAGUUGGUGCAAAUCAAGCACCAAAAAAAGGUGAAAAGAUCGAUAGUAAAGUUUCUCAUCGUUUUCAACAAUUUCUUGAUAAUAAAACUCAUGUGGAAGAAUUGACAAAAUCAUCGAAGAAAAAAAAUAAAAAUAAAUUUAAACAAAAUACAGUGGAAGAAGGUGAAAAUCCAGAACUCGAACAAAAAACAAAUGAAUCUGAUCGAAAUUAUAUACAAAGAUUAGAUCAUGAAAUCAAAUUUGCAUUAGAUCGUGCUCGAUAUGAAUCAAAGUACGAUGUUAAAUUGGUUAAUACUGAAAAAGGUGAUCAUCAAUAUGAGGUUAAAAAAGAAAAAAGCCACCGAGCUGAAAAAAGACUCAAACGUUUACAAUCGAAAAAAGACGACAAUAAAUUGAAAAAAGAAGAGAAAAAAAUCAAAGAUGAUGAAUUUAAAUUUUUUCAAGACAAACCAAAAUUUGGUGAAAUAGUUCAUGAACCUCCCACAUUAACAUUACCGAGACGUUCAAAAUUGAAUAAAGACGCAGCUGGCAUGAAAGAUCUAUUAUUAAAAGAAAAAUUGAAGAAUGUAAAUUCUUUUAGUGGAUCAUAUCGGAAGAAAGAUAACUAA